AUGGCGGCUGCACGGCCCGUAGUGGAGCAUCUCGUCUUCUUCCAGGUCAAGCCAGACACCCCCGCUGAUCGCGUCGCUACCUUCCUCACCAACCUCAACGCGCUGCGUACCCUCCCAGGCGUGCUCUACCUCUCCGCGGGACCCGCUCUUCCCGCCGUCCCCGCCGCGCCCGCCGGCGCGUCUUCCGCCGCCGCGCCCUCCGCUAGCCCGUGGACGCACGCGCUGUUCGGGCGGUACGAGUCGCGCGACGCGCUGGAACAAUACGCGGUGUCGCCACAGCACGUGGCCGUGGUGACAGAGAACGUCAAGCCCAUCAUCAGUGACAUCGCAGCCGUCGAUUGGGAAACCGACGUCCCGGAUGCCUCGGCCUCCUCCGCUCCGCCCCCACAUGGCUCUGUCCACACCGCCAUGAUCCAAUGGCAGCAGUCCGCAUCACCUGACGCCAUAGCAGCAGCAGUGGCCCAGCUCAAGGCUGUUGGUGGUGCAGCAGCGGGCUGUGUGUCGGUGGGGGAGAACUUCUCGCCUGCCCGAGCCAAGAGCUUCACGUGGGGCUUGGCGGUGUAUGCACGGGAUGAGGCCGUGGGAGGGAAGUUGUGGGAACAGGAGGCGUGCAGGGGUGUUCUGCAACUUGCGGAGAGGAUUGACUGCGUUCACUUGAUAGGCACCUCUCCUCCUAGCAGUUGA